UUGCUAGAGCCACAGAGAAGGAGAGUCGGGAGCUGAGGAGAGUGCUGGCGGAUUAUCAAAAAGAGUCCGGCCAACUGGUCAGUCUGGAAAAGUCGGAGGUGACAUUCGGUGCGAAUGUGAAAACACAUCAGCGUCUAGUGGUGAGCUCUUUAUUGGGGAUGAAGGUGGUGGAAAAGCAUGAUAAGUAUCUAGGUCUUGUGACUGAAGUUGGCCGAUCUAAAAAGGCUCUUUCCUCUAUCUGAAAGACCGGGUCCGGAAGAAGUUGGCAGGAUGGAAAGAGCGAUCGAUGUCUGCUGCUGCAAGAGAAGUUUUAAUAAAAUCAGUUGCUCAAGCCCAACUGACAUAUACUAUGUCGGUUUUUAAGGUCCCCGAUGGUAUUCUUGAUGAGAUACAGUUUAAUUACCCGUUUCUGGUGGGGGCAGAGAGGUGAAGAGAGAAAGACUCCGUGGGUAGCAAGGGAAUCGCUGAUAUGUACGAAGGAACAGGGUGGGAUGGGCUUCAGAGAUUUGAAGGGUUUCAACAUAGCUCUACUAGCACGGCAACUAUGGCACCUCCACCAACGCCCCGAGUCCCUAGUUUCCCGUAUCAUGAAAGCGAAGUAUCAUAAGAAUGUUAAUAUUUUGGAGGCACGCAUUGGCUAUCGGCCCAGUUAUGUGUGGAGAAGUCUGAUGGGCGUUCAGGAGUUCUUAGUGGAUGGUCUUAGAUGGAAAAUUGGGCACGGAUCAGCUGUCCGAAUUUGGGGGGAUCGGUGGCUGCCCUCGACUCCGAACAAUAUAGUUUAUUCUCCACCGAUGGGUCUCCCAGUUGACUCGGUUGUCCGGGAGCUGAUUGACGAGGAGGAGGAAAAAUGGGAUGAGACGAUCCUGGAAAGUUGCUUCCCAAGUGAUAUGGUGGAUGCGAUUAAACAAAUCCUCCUUCGCAACUCAACUGAACAAGACAGGCUGAUAUGGAUGGACAAUGAUGAUGGGAAUUAUACGGCUAAGAGUGGAUAUCAAGUAUGGUUGAGAAGGUUCCAGGAGCAGCAUGACCCUCGUAGUGUGGGAGAUCCGGCUCUUUGGAAAUUGCUAUGGUCGCUGAACCUGCCACCGAAAAUCAAAGUGUUUAUGUGGAGGUUUACGAGGGAGGCACUAGCAUCGGGGGAGAGGGUAAAUAAAAGGAAUCCGGAGCGGAGUGGUGCUUGCCCCUUUUGCGAUCAACACGAAACGCAGAGCCAUGCAUUUUUUGAAUGCUCCUGGGCGAGCAGGAUUUGGCGGUCGACGGGGGUGGCUCGCUGUUUUGAACUGCGAGGUGAUAGCAAUUGCAUGGAUUGGGUCAGAAAUGUAGUCAAGACAGUCCCGGUGAGUGAACUUGAAGAGUGGAUUGUUCUGUUAUGGGCACUAUGGAGAGAGCGCAACGCACACCUCUUUAAUGGGAAGAAGAUGGAGGAGUGCGACAUAGGCCCCCGAGCGCAGCUAUACCUGGAGGAAUAUCGCUACCAGCAGGAGGAGAGAUUUCAUUCACCAACUCCACAAGUGAAUCAGACUUGGGCGCGGCCACCAGCUGGAAGGGUAAAGCUCAAUACGGACGUGGGUCUGGAUUAUACAGGAGCAGGGCUUGGUGUGGUGGCUAGAGAUCACAAUGGCGCCUUCAUUUUGGCGGCGGUAAAGAGAAUUAAAGGAGUACGCGACCCAACUCUGGGAGAAGCUAUGGCGGUGGAGUUUGGAUUUCAGUUGGCUCGACAACACCAGAUGGCCUCACCCAUUGUGGAGACAGAUUGCCAGGUGGUUGUUAACAGGAUGGCGGCGCCGGAGAGAGUCCAAACAGAGCUGGGCACGAUUCUUAGAAACAUAAAGAGGUUGGCGACAGAGACUGGUGGUGGCCAAGUGCAGCAUGUAAGUAGGAAGGCUAAUGAGGCGGCUCACAUAAUGGCGCAUACGAAAGCGAGAUGGGAUAUAGCGGAUGUAUGGUUUGAUAGACCUCCGCUGAAUCUGUUGGAUCAGCUUGCUAGUGAUGAUGUAACCUCUCUUUCGUCGUAAUAAAGCUGACUCGCAGGUUCUUAUAAAAAAAAAAAAACUUU